CACCCCCCAGCAUCAAUAUGGCAGGUUAACGUGGCUUCGAACAUGCUAGUCUGCAUCUUAACAAGUCUUCAGGGGGCUUUCAAUUGUGUUACAUUAAUGGAUUGAGCCCGUGUAAUUGAAAACCACCCUAAUUUUGUCUGUCAAGGCAUGGUCUGGAAGGUUGUUUUCCUGCUGCUCCCCAGUGUUUUCUCAGUGAAUGUAAAAUCUAGGGGGAGAGGCUGCCAAGCUCUAUUCCCGUAGCCUCGUGGAUCCUUUUUUUCUGCUUCUGCACCUCUCAAAAUCACGGCCAGUGCUGUUGCUUUUAGUCAAUUGAAGCCUGACCUGGAGGGGAUCGGGGAUCUUGGGGAUGUGGAUCUUACCCUUGCAUUCAUACAGCCUCUGCUUUGCCAGGAGGGGGAAAGCUAAGUGAUGUUACUGGGGUCACUGACACUCCAGUGGUAGAGACAGAGCCCAAGUCGCAGUGCUGCGCUGGGGAUCCUGUAGGGUUUUGCUUUGUUUCAUGCUGUGGCAUUUUUUACGAGGAAGUACUUACAUAGCAGCUGCACCCUGCUAGGCUUUACAAAGGGAGCGAGGACAUAAAGGCCUCAUUAGUCUUCAGUUUUAAUUCUUAGCAGGCACUACGGAAUAAGGGCUCGUUCCAGCGGAGAGCCGUUGUUCAGAAGUGCGUGACUGCGGAUUUCUUUGCAGGUACGGUUCAAAGCAGAGCAGGCACUGCUCAGAAAGGGAAGGUGUUGAGAAAGGAUGACAGAGCUCUAAGGAAGUGGAACUUGUGGGAAGGCUGCCUGGUGAAGGAGCUCACAAGGAGACUGUGGAGUGUCCUUGUGCCACGGCAGAAGCCAGCAGGCUCCCACCUGUCGCAGUAAAUUGCAGCGCUUUGCCUCAACACUUACUGGGACGGGACUGGAUUUGGGGAGAAUGCUUUAUCUCUGUGCAAAGGAAUUGUGUUUCAUUUUUUCUGGUCUGUCAUCCUGAUCUUAGCACACAAGAAGCUGCAGCGUCCUCCUGUUGCCGUGCCUUGGCAGGGGUUAGGUGUUCUUUCAGCCAAAAGCCUGUUGCAGCAGCUGCUGCACGGAUUUCUUGUGACAUGCCUCAGGCGUUCUCUAGGACAAUGGUGGGCACUGUGACACCACUGACCUGCGGGUUCCUAUCAUCAGGGCCGCUCGUGUGCAGCGUUGCCCCAACUCGGUGCUGCCAACGGAUCCUCAGCAGUUACCUCCUGCAGGCUGCAAAAAAAAAGUCCUGACCCGUGAAUACGUAAGCACGUACUCCAUCCAUCUGAGCAGCCUCCCUAAACUUGAAUACUUGCCGAAUUGGUCAGCGGAGCCAAAAAAACGUGAGUUGGUUACGUGCAUCUAUAACGUGAAGGAGAAAAUCUGAAAUGUGGAGCGCGGCAGAGGCUCAGCGAGCACCGUGGCCGCGCAGCGAGCGGCGCGGUGCUCGGGCAGGCUGGCUGGGCAGGCUGCUCUCCCUGCACAGCUUUGGCAUUAAAACCACACCGAGGAGAAGUAGGGGAUCUUAUCUGACAACAGCCUUGGGAGGGGAAGUGGAAAAGAUGCAUAAUUUAAGUCAUUUGGGUUAAAAAAGGCACCGUUUACUUCUAACUUGCAGAGCAGCCCAGUGUAUGUGGGAUUUUUUUUAAUAGGGCUUAGAUUUGCGAGGGAAGUGUUCGUAGAUACCUAAAGAGAAACAGGUGGGGAACAUCACAGGCAGCAUCAAAGAAGCUUUUGUCCUGAGAAUAACUGAGCUAAGGUGCAACAAAGCUGCCUUGUUAACCGACCAAAGUUGUUAAAAUAUCUGUCCCCUUUUUAAACAGGAAAUCUUGCUGGCCCACACAGGAAAAGCAAAAGCAGUUGACAAAAGGCUUGUAAUUUAUAUACUGACAGCCUAGUUCAUUGUUAAACAUGAUUCUUUAAUGCACUGUAUCUGGUGUGUGAUUGAUUUCCUUGUAGCCUGUUACCCAGCUGAAACUAGCAACGUAUCAGCAUUAUUUCUUCUUUUUUUUUUUUUUCUUGGAAAUUGAGGAUAAAUUCAGUGCUCUUGGAAAAUAUUGUGUCCCGAGACCUUGCAGAGCUGGUGAGUGACUGCGCUGGGCAGCUGUUUAAUCCAUCUCUAGGAAAUAAUAUCCAGAAGGCCCGGUUUUUGUUCGAUGGAACAAAUAUCGGAUAUGCCUGUGAGACUCAAGGGUUAAAUUCCCAACACUGUCGCAUAUGGCAGUGAGCAGAAUCACAGAUGUUGAUGAUACAACAUAAUUAGUAUUCUUUUAUGUAAAUGAAGGCUGUCAAUGUUACCAUAGUGUCUAUACUCUUUCAAGCUGGAAUCUCUGCCACUUGGUCUCACCAAGGCUAGACAGGAUUAUUCCACAAUUUUCUAUCAAGACUUGAGCAGGAAAAUGAAGAAGGGUGAAAAGAGGUCUGGGAGGAAGGUGAGAGAAAGGGUUUUGAAGCUGUGCUGCCUUACAAUGAAGACUUAAGUAGUAAUUAAAUUCUCAAAGAACCACCAAGGCUCCUUUGGAUGAAAUGAGGAUGUUCCAGGCUCUGGACGUUGUGUCGUGAAGGAAAGAAUGUUUAGACAUGACUCAGUCGAAGCAGCGAAGACUUCUGUAAGAGAUGGAUAGAUGCAAACAUGUUGGGCGGCUACGACUCGCCCAGGACCAUUCUAUCCUGAACCCGCAGAAGUGGCACUGCAUGGACUGCCAGACAACUGAAUCUAUCUGGGCUUGUCUGAAAUGCUCCCAUGUAGCCUGUGGGAGGUACAUCGAGGAGCAUGCACUUAAACACUUUGAAGAAACCAGACAUCCAUUGGCAAUGGAAGUUAAUGAUUUAUAUGUAUUUUGUUACCUUUGUGAAGAUUAUGUCUUGAAUGAUAACCCCGAGGGUGAUUUGAAACUGCUAAGAAGUUCUCUGUCAGCGAUUAAAAGUCAAAAACAUGAUCCGUCGACAAGAAGUGGCAGGACUUUGCGAUCCAUGGCUUUGGGAGAGGACAUGUGCAACCAUCAAAGGACCCUUCAGGGGCAGUCUCAGAUGCUUACAGCUCUCUGGCACAGGCGCCAAUCCUUGCUUACAAAGGCGCUGCGGACCUGGUUUGAUAAGAGCUCCAGAGGCCAGCUAAAAUUACAACAGAAGAAACAAAUGGAGGAGUUGGAGAGGAAGAAGGAGGCAGCUAGGCAGCGGCGGCAGGAGAUGAAGAGACAGCUUCUGGAGGAGCUGGCAAACACUCCUCCAAGGAAGAGUGCGAGGCUGUUGUCCCACGUGCACAGAGAGAACUUGAUUCCAAGGAAAUUCAGGGAGGUGGCGACCGCUUCCCCUACCUCAAGGCAGAUGCAGAGCAGCAGAUUCAAUCAGUUUUAUUCCAUCCGGCGUAAGCCUCUGAUGACUCCUGGGGUCACGGGUUUAAGGAACCUGGGAAACACAUGUUACAUGAAUUCUAUUCUGCAAGUGCUAAGUCACCUCCAGAAAUUUCGAGAAUGUUUUUUAACGCUUGAUCUCUGUGAAACAGAAGAACUCUUAGCCAAAACUGUGAAUGGGAAGUCUAGGAUGCCUGGCAAGUUGGCAAAUGGAUCCGCUGCUAAUGAGUCAGGGAAGACUGACAAAGUGGGAUCAUAUGGCACGCAGAGCUUGCCAGCUGGCUUAAAUGGUGGCUCCUCGAUAAGCAGGAGUUUAGAACUGAUACAACCCAAGGAACCAAGUUCAAAGCACAUCUCCCUCUGUCACGAAUUGCACACCCUCUUCAGAGUGAUGUGGUCUGGCAAGUGGGCGCUCGUGUCCCCCUUUGCCAUGCUGCACUCUGUGUGGAGUCUGAUCCCAGCGUUUCGGGGUUACGAUCAGCAGGACGCUCAGGAAUUUCUAUGCGAGUUGUUGGAUAAAGUACAGCAGGAGCUGGAGUCGGAAGGAACGAAGCGCAGGAUCCUCAUCCCUUUCUCUCAGAGGAAGCUCACCAAGCAGGUCCUGAAGGUGGUGAACACCAUUUUUCACGGGCAGUUGCGAAGUCAGGUCACCUGCAUAACAUGCAACUACAAAUCCAACACCGUUGAGCCCUUUUGGGAUCUUUCCCUGGAAUUUCCUGAGCGCUAUCACUCCAUUGAGAAAGGGAUCGUCCCCGUUAACCAGACGGAGUGCAUGCUGACAGAAAUGUUGGCCAAGUUCACAGAGACUGAAGCUCUGGAAGGGAGGAUAUAUGCAUGCGACCAAUGCAACAGCAAACGGCGAAAGUCUUCUCCUAAACCUCUUGUUCUGAGUGAAGCUAAAAAGCAGUUAAUGAUCUACAGGCUACCUCAGGUCCUCCGACUGCACCUUAAACGAUUCAGGUGGUCUGAACGCAAUCACCGUGAGAAGAUUGGGGUCCAUGUCCUCUUUGACCAGGUACUAAACAUGGAACCUUACUGCUGCAGGGACUCUCUCUCCUCUCUUGACAAAGAGACCUUUGUCUAUGACCUCUCCGCUGUGGUGAUGCAUCAUGGUAAAGGGUUUGGCUCAGGACACUACACAGCAUAUUGCUACAACACGGAGGGAGGUUUUUGGGUCCACUGCAAUGACUCCAAACUGAAUGUAUGUAGCGUGGAGGAGGUGUGCAAAACCCAGGCCUACAUUCUCUUUUACACUCAAAGAACAGUGCAGGACAAAGCAAGAAUCUCAGAAAAACAACUUCAAGCUCAGGUGCUGUCCAAAAAUAGUGAUAAAGACAGAAGACUGACAUUCCCAUGAUGGGAAGCUCUAUAACUCAA